AUGAGUUCUACCACACUUAAAAGAAAAAAACCACAAACAAACAAUGAUAAUAAUACUGUAAUAACUAUAGAUGGAGAUGAUGAUAAUAAUAAUAUAAGUUCAGCAGAUAAUACUAUAGAUAAUAAAAACAAUGAUAAUAAUAGCAAUGAUUAUAAUAAUAACGAUAUUGAUAAUAAUAAUAAUAAUAAUGUCAAUGACCAUAUCAAUAUAGAUAAUGAAAACAAUAUUGAAGGUGAAAAGAAAAAGAGAAAACCUUACAAAAAAAGAAAAACAGAUGGAAAUGAUAAUAAUGAUGAAGAUAAAGGCACAGAUAUAUCAAAACCAAAAAAACCAACUGCAAAAAAAGAAUCCAAAGCCAAAGCUAAAAAAUCAAAUGAAGCUAGCAGUAAUGCACUUUUAAAUUUUUUGGGUCAUUCUACAGCAACAACAACAUCAACAUUAACAAAUGAAGAAAUUAUUCACAAUAGUAACAACAACAAUAAUAAUAAUAAUGAACAAAACAAAGAAUCACCAAUGUCACCAUUAUCAGAUGACUCCUCCAAACCAUUACAUCCAUUUUUUGGUGAGACAGAUAAAAAAAUUAAAAAAAAGGCUCAAAAAAUUCUGAAUGAACAACUUUUCGAAGAGAAAUUAAAAAACAAGGUUGGUAAUGUUCCCGAUAUGUUUUUAAGUAAACAAGAAAAAGACGAAAUUUUUACAAGAAAUGAACAAGAAAAGUUUAGAAAUGAAAUUAUAAAAACCAAUCAAGAUUAUGAUAAGAUGUACUCAAAUAAACCAAUUCACCCAUUCUUUUUUGCACCAGUUACCAAACCUCAACCAACUUUAACAACAGUAAUCGAUGGUGAAAUUAUAGUUUUAGAUGAUGACAACCACAGUUUUAAACCAAAAUACACUAUUCAAAGACUAUUGGAGUUCCCAGUUGAUGAUCAACAUAUAGGCCACUAUAAUAUUAAUGAUGACCAAGAUAUUUCAAAAAAACCAAUGGAUCCAACAUUACUGAGAAGGUUUAAAGCAUCAGUCUCAAAAAAAGAAUCACCAGACUACAGCAGUAUGGUUAUAUCAAGAAAUGAAUUAAUUCAGAACUUUUCAAAUAUUUUAGAUAUCAUCGAAAGAAAUGAAUCUCUAUUAUCCCAAUCAUCGCACUCCAUUGAUUCAUCUUUUAUUGAACCAUCACAAUCAUCCCAAUCAUCACAAUCAUCACAACCAUCCCAGCAAUCACUCCAACUACCCUCACCAAUAUACCAACAACAGGACUUCAUAGAUAUUACAUCCUCCCCAAUCUCACAGUCUCAAUCCCAACAACAACAGCAACAACCAAUUGUUGAAGAUAAAUUAUUUGAAAUAUUAUUUAACUAUUUUAAAAACUAUAAUGAAAUUAUUACAGUCGAUGAUAUAAAAUACUACUAUAAUGAAUUUAAUACAUAUAAUAAAAGCAAUAACAAUAACAAUAACAAUAACAAUAACAAUAACAAUAACAAUAACAAUAACAAUAGUCUAUUAAAAAACAAAUAUCAUUUACCAACAGAUUUUUUACUUUUUAAUAAAGUGAAUGAAGAAAUUAUAACGUUUUUCGGCGAUUGGAUGAAAGGGUGGAAAGAUAAAUUAGAAUUGAAAAAGAAAGCAACAAAAAAAAAAAAGGAUGAUAUACUGGAUUCAUCCAUUUUAAUUGUUGGUCCACAUGGUUGCGGCAAAAGCUCGUUGGUUGCAAACAAAGCAUAUCAAUACAACUUUACAAUUUUAGAAACCAAUCCAUCAAAUAAAAGAAGUGGCAGAGCGACCAUCGACUAUUUAGGUGAAGCAACUCAAUCAAAAGCAUUAAAUAUCAAUAAAAAGAAAACGAAUGAAGAGAUUCAAAGGGAAUUACAAAAACAACAAGAGCAGGAACAAGAGCAACAAGAAAAAAAGAAGAGAGGUAGAAAAUCUUUAAAAUCAUCCAACUCAUCCACUUUAUCAUCAUCACAAAAUUCAAUAACGAACGACGAUGAAUUUAAUAAAAACUUAAUUUUAUUUGAAGAAGUUGACAUCCUAUAUGAAGAUGAUAAAGGCUUUACAAAUUCAAUUUCGUCAUUAUUAAACUCCACCAAGGUUCCAAUCGUUUUAAUUUGUAAUGAAAUCAACUCAUCAAUAUCGAAACUGGUCAAUGAUAGCGGUAUCAUUACUCUCUAUAUGGCAAAACCAUCGAGUUUAUCAUUAUCACUUUACUGCUGCUUUAUUUUAAUUAACGAAGGUAAACAUCAUAUAUUGGAAGAAAUGAUGGAUAAACUUGAUAUUUGCUCAUUCAUCGAGAAUAAUGACUGUGAUAUUAGAAAAUCAUUAAACAAUUUAGAAUUUAUAUUUAAAAACAAUGAUAAUUAUAGUAAUAAUAAUAACCUAAAUUUAACAUUUUAUAUGUUUAAUAACUUAUUAAAAAAAUAUAAUAAUAACUUUUUAAAUCUAUUAUUUAAUAACAAUAAUAGUACCAUAAAUAAUAAUAAUAAUAAUAAUAACAACACAAAUAAUAAUAACGAUGAAAUAUGCCCUAUAGAACUAUUCAAUGACAGGUUUGACGUAUUAAAUUUCUCAUUAGAAGAUUUUGAUAUUGAUUUGUAUUUUAAUAACUUUUUACAAUUUAUAAUAAAUAAUAAUAUUUACAAUAAUAGUAAUAAUAAUAAUAACAAUAGUAAUAAUAAUGAUAAUAAUAGUUUACCACAAGAUACAAAUUAUAUAAGUUUCGAAGAUAUAUGGAAAAUAUCUGAUGAUUUUUCAACAAAUGAUGUUUUAUUAAAAAGAAAUUUCCCAUAUGAACCAUCAAAUAAAACUGAUGAUGUUGAAUUAUUCGAAAUUGUAGAAAACUCACCAACAUUUAUUGCAUCACCAGAAUCAAUCCACAACGAUGACUUUUCAUAUAAAAACUAUUUUCCAAAAUCAUUGGACUAUGAGAUACCAACAGCAAUUUCAAUCGAAUCAAUUAAUUGUAAUUUAUUAAAACCAUUGUCAUAUAACAACAGCAGCAAUAUCAACUAUGAUGGCGGUAUCAAUACACUAACUAUUAAACAUCAAUAUAAACAAAUUAAGAAAACACCUAUUGAAGAUAACCACUUUAAAGGAAUUAUAGAUAAUCUAUCUCUUAUAAAUGGUUAUAUUACAUCCAGUAAAUUGUUUGUCGAAUAUACACCAUUUCUAACAGACAUUUGUUCAUCCGAACUAGAAAGACAAUUAAAUAAUCCAAAAAGAGGCGGUCGUUUCAAACAUUAUUUAGAUUUAACCGAUGAUCAAGUUGAUGUUAUUUUAAAAUACAAAAUAAAAUAAAACAAAAUAUUUAUAUUAAUAAUAUAAAUAUAUAUUUAAAC